UUCCGGAGCUUGUGACACAUGCACUCGGCCGAGAACCCAACGUGAACACCGCGGGUACGGCCGUACGGGUGCUUACAUUUUCCCCCAUGAGAUCUUAUGCUUUUACCAUCUGAGAGAUCCUUCAAGCAGAGGCAGAGCCCCCAGACUCGUAAGCUAAAGACUAUUUGAGACAUAGCAUCAGCAGAGUUGAGUCCACCCAUAUCUUAUGGCCAGCACAAAGGUUGCUAGUAUCAUUCAUUCCAUGCAAGAAAUCAGCAAUGCGCCAACGGCGGCAAGCACCACGCUGCCGCGCUACUGGCCGUCGCCGCUGGUCAUAUUCAGCGCCUGCCUUGUCCUCCUCGGCGCCGGCGGACCACUCCUCCUCCGUGUCUACUUCGUCCACGGGGGGCAGUGCCUGUGGCUUUCCACCAUUGUCCAGCUCUCCGGCUGGCCUCUCCUCCUCCUGCCCAUUUGCGUCUCCCUAUUCCGUAGACGCAAGGACGACGGUAUCGCCAACCACCUCCUCCUGCCUCGCCUCGCCGGCACCGUGGCCGUCCUCGGGGGGCUCUUCGCCGUGGCAUGCUUCGCAUUCUCGCUGGGGUCGCAGGCGCUGCCUCUGUCCACAUCUUCGCUGCUGCAGGCGACACAACUCGCCUUCAACGCGGUGUUCGCGUUCCUGUUCGUCGGGAUCCGGUUCACGCCCUUCUCGGCCAACGCGGUUGUCCUGCUCACCAUCGGCCCGGCGGUGCUCAGCGUCGGGCAGUCGUCCGGAAAGCCGGUUGGCGAGGCCUCGAGGACGUACUGGGCAGGGUUCUGCGAGGCCAUCGUUGCAUCCGCGCUGGCUGGGCUCGUGCUGCCGCUCCUCGAGGUCGCCGUGUCCAAAUACGGGCGCCGGAGCGGAUCCGCCGCGAGAGUCCCUCCACCGUACGCAACGGUAAUGCAGGUACAGGCCAUGAUGGGCGCGGCCGGCACGAUGGUGUGCCUGGUCGGCAUAGCCAUCACGGGCGAUUUCCAGGCGAUGCCAAGGGAGGCAGCCAGGUUCGGGCUCGGCAAAACCAACUACUACCUGGUGCUCAUCUUUGAAGCCGUUUUGUUUCAGCUUUUAAACCUGGGACUCAUGGGACUCAUCAUCUACUCCUCGUCGCUCCUUGCCGGCAUCAUGUUCGCCGUUCUGCUACCGCUCUCUGAGGUCCUCGCCGUCAUCUUCCUCCACGAGAAGUUUGAUGGGUUGAAGGGCAUCGCCCUUGUGCUCUCCCUUUGGGGCUUUGUCUCCUACUUCUACAGCGAGAAGGCGCAAAAGAAGAUGGAGGCUAGCGAGGAGCAGGCUGCAGAGAGAACUGAGGAACUGGACUUGGUUGCCCCUUUGUUGGUCACUUGUAAGUAGUAAUAAUUUUGUAUUCUCCCACUUGGACAAGCUUGUAGCAUGUUCACGGCACAUCAAAAUAAGGGAGAUGCUAAAAAUCACAUGAUUCUUAGCCUUCUCUCCGACGACGAACGAGAGCUGUCCGAUCAAAAUCGUAAGCGUAUCGUUCCUUCUUUAACCUCCUGGCCAUCUUCAACCUCAUGACACCUCCUUCAAUGCCCUCACCUACCGUUCGCCUUCACCGUCUCCGACAAUAUGCUCACCGCUAGAUCCACGUCCACCACCCAUCAUCACGCUAAUCACUCUAUUUUUCUCGCCCCUGUCGCUAACCCCUCCCACUACCUACCUACUACCCCCCUCAGCUCUAUGACGCCACCAUCAUCUCGUCACACCACCACCUAUCACUGGUCCGACCACCUCCCUCAAAACUUGAAGCACCGAUUAACUUUGAAAUCCCCAAAUACUACCUACCCCACCCCUCAUAGAAGGUAUAUUGUCGCCUUAAUUUCACUACUACCUCACCCCUCAUGGAAAAUAUAUUCUCGCCUCAACUUACGAAGCAUAGUUUCUAGGAUCGACAUCCUCGGAAAUAGAGCACAUGAUUUGGGCUAUUUGGGCA